AUUAUCGCUAUCAUUCCUUAUGGCACGCAGUUUCGUCUAGGCUUGGCUACGCGCGCGAGAAACCUCGUAUGCUGGCUAGUUUCUAGUCACCAGUCAGUCUCGCCUGGGUCCCAAUUUACAAAAAUUGAUAGCAACUUUCCCUUAGCCGUUUGAGCUGAGAGAGAGCCAGGGGUUGGGCUGCUUGGGCGAAUGUGUUUGCUUGCCUUUCGACCAAUCACGAUCCCCCAUUUACAACCACCGCGUCAUUGCUCAGUUUCAUCCGGGUGCAUGGGGUUACCAACCUUUUUGUGCCGCGAUAUUGCUAGCAAAAAAGCUCGCGCCUUGCAACUUGGGAUCUGGGCUUUAAGUUGAAGUCGAUGCCGUGGUGCUUGUCGUAACCGCACAUGAUCCACCAUGCCUUGUACCGCUCGAUAGAACCAUGUUGGGGGUGCGAAUAGCGAGGACCUCGUCACCCAUGGCCUUGCACCAUUUCUUUGCUGAAGGCAUGUGGGGCCUGACGAGGGGUCUUGGGGUCGAUGAUGGAAUAGCCAACAUGGGCUGCAAUAUGCCAUCAGAGACUUCGAAAUUUCGGCUCACUGUAUCGGUAACUACUUGGACAUUAUCGUCAGAGUCGCCUCCGUCCUCUCGAGUGCUGAUGGUUGUUCUGCAGCAGAUUGUGUCGCGAGAAGCGUCGAGCGGAGCCUCAUCGUUAUUGUCGAACCUAGGAUUAGGUAUGGGGUGUUGGUUAGGAGGGUCGCGGUCAAGUUGUUCCGCAGUUGCUUCGUCUUUUGCAGAUGCAAAGAUGUGCUCCCCAUGAGCGUAAGCGACGACAUGAUCGGUAGAUCGAUUGACACAAAACUGUGGCAGGUGAGACGUUUGUAGAAUGCGUACGCCUCGCAAGGGCACAAACUUGAAUGUCUGGAAGUCAAGGAUGUUUCAUGCAUUGUGCUCUAGACUGCAACACCUAGAGUGCAUGGCGCUCGAACUUCCCUGUUAUGGUAGUGAGGGGUUGGUACUCAACCAUGCACCCCCAUGCCUGCUGCAUUUUGGUGUCGCCAGGCUUGCCUGCCCACUUUAUGUGAGGGAAAAAAUUCCCUUAAUUUGAAGUUGUGGAAAACGAGUGGUGGACGCGGACAGCGUAAUGCAUAAAGUAGGGCUAGUAGUCUAUACGCCCGUGUAACUACUGUAUUAUAGCACGCACCCUUGUCAUCAAGGUGCGAUUAGUCCACUCGAUGACUCCCUGCUAAGGGUGAGCGUAUGGCAGAGAGAGGUGGUGCUGUAAGCUUGCAGCUGCUCACUCUAGAAUUCCCGGGCUUCGUCCAUCUGCCAGCACUUCAGCUUCACCCUUGACUGCCAUUCCGCAUGGCUGAGCUUCAGGCGGAAAAUCUCGUAAACCCUGACGUUGCGAGUGCUGACGUCUAUGAAGAUGGGUGGAUAUAGUUCUCCCUGAAGGCCGGUCUAAGUAAGGGCCAGGAAUUCGCUAUAGACUUUGUCGAGCUUUGCAUAGCGAUUCGUGCCUGGCUCCAGCAGAGAGCUGCUCCUUGCUUGAUGACACACCUGACCUUAGUGAGUUGUUGAGGGUGAUGUUCGAGCCGCUGGUGCCACAUGCAAUCAGGUGCAUGGUGGCCAGUAGAGCUGCGGGAACGAGCUUGAGACUUUUAUGGACUUUGAGCAGGUGCUUCUUCGGGUGCGGCAGCGGUUGUGGUGCAGAUGGCGAGUGCAAGGAAUUCACGGUCCAGUGCGGGUGGAAAAAAAUUGGCGAUUAAGUACAGUUGGGGCAGAUGCAGCUGCUGCUAGUGUUCACUUAGUGAUCUCCUCAGGGGUGUCACUGCCAAAGAUUUUGGUAGCUUCCUCCAAGCAUAUUCCCUCUUCUUCUUUGUCUGCACCAAUGGGUGUGGACUCCAGCGGAUGAGGACUGUGGAGUGAGCAAGGUGGAGCACCCGACACUUCCAGGGGUGUAGUGUAUCAGAGUCCACCCAUUGGAGUGAUGUGCCUCCAGCAUCUGCGUCUGCUUCUUAUGCUAUUGCUCCGCUCCCUCUGCUGCUUCUGUUGCUUUUCCUACUGCUGCUUCUUUUGCUUCUCUUGCUUCUGCUGAUGUGACUGUUGCUUCUCUUGUUUCUUCUCCCUUAUGUAGUUCGUGCCAGUUCCGGUGGAAAACCAUGUGAGUGGUCAGGGUCUAGGGCGUGGCAUGUCCAGUUUCAUCGAAAUAUCUGGCACAAUGCAGAUUGUGGUCUAGUUGUUCUUUUGCUUGGGUUUUCUCUCUUGGAGGGAGUUCGUCGAGGCGUGGAACGGGUGUGGUUGUAGCUCACAAUUUAAUAUCGCUCAUGCUGACUGCAGGAGGUGCGAGAGACUAGGCUUCCUCCAGGGUGCCGAGUCCGGUUCUAGCGGUGUUGCUGGUGAAGGCAGUAAGAGUUCAGCAUGUUCGGCAGGGUGCUAAUGAUGCUUGACCCACGGUCAGCCGUCUGGGUGAGUCCAUUCAUCAUCCUUCGACUUCCUUGAGAAGUCAAAGGGAAGAAGGUCGAUGAGCUCAUUUAUGCCGCCGCUGCAGUCUGGUUUGUCAAAGUCAAGGACGUAAACACCGUUGCGGGAUCAGGCUCGUCCAGUGUACUGCGACAGGUUGGUUGCUUCCCCUGGCUGAUUGGGACAGGUGUAGCGGAGCUCGAUGUCCCAAGUGAUAGGGUCGGUGCAGAGUUCUACUCCACAAUCAAUGAGCUGGGACGCUGAGAACAAGGAGUAUUUCUUUCCAAAAGCAGUGAAGCGUGGUUCUAGCAGCAGUUGGAUUUAUCUGCUCUAUCAGGGCUAGGUAGAUCGUUGUGGUGGGAACACCACCAAUCUCCUGCUCAAAAGAACCUUGCUGCUCUUUGCAUUUGCCGUAUAUCGAUCUUACUGACGAACGUCUGAUCAGGCUCAGAGCUGGCCCUAGAAUAGUAAUAGUCGGUAAAUCUCCUCUUGUCUAACUGGGAAUGCUAUCCCAUUUGCAUCCAUCUGUAGCGUUUCUCUGGACGAAGUCAGCAACUUCCGCCUGCACUGGAAUAACUCGAGACUUCCUGA